AUGUAUUUCGAGUACGUAGAUUACAUGACUGACGAGCGAGGCACCUUUUUUGAGCAGGUCAGGCAAGGGGAGUAUCUUGCUGACUGCAUCCUGGGACGAGAGCCAAGGGCAGACGAACCACCAACAGAGGUGGCUCAAGAGCCAACCAAGGGGAAGUUGGUUGGUUUGAACCUUGGGGUGCUGGAGCUCCCUGAGACUGUGAACGCUGGCCCUGCCGGCAUGGACAGCGAGGUCUGGCCUCCUGUCCGUGGCCGCACUAACCAGGGCCCUGAAGAGCAAGGCUGUGUUGACCUGAGGCUUCUUAGCCUCAGCUAUGUUAACCAGCCCAUGAACCAAGGGCAGCGGCACCACCACCAGCAACAGCAGCAGCAGCAGCGGCAGCAACAGCGACAGCGACAGCAACAGCAACAGCACCACCACCAGCACCACCAGCACCACCAGCACCACCAGCACCACCAUCACCACCAUCAUCACCAUCAACAGCAGCAUCAGCAGCAGCAGGCAGAGCAACAGCUUCUGGACCAAGCGGCUGAGAACCACAGGCUCAUGAACAAGGAGCUCAUAGAACAAGGGUACACCAACCAGCCUCUCAUGACCCAACAGCUGCAGCAGCAAGGGAUCGUCGGCCAAGGCCCAAUCGAUGAGUCUAUGCAGCAACGCUUCAUGACUCAGAGGGCCAUGUAUCAGCAGCUUCUGAACCAAGAGCUGCUGAACGAGGGGCAUAUCAACCCGGAUCAUUUGAUGAGGGGUGUGACGAAUGGGUUCCGGGGAUAG